AUGCUAGGAGCAUCCCGUUUCACGCAAGUGAGGGACGGGAUUCGAAGUUCUCUCCUACGUCAGCGAUCGAAGAUUAGAGACGCCGCCGCGUUUGCCAAGAAAAGUAAAAUAAGGUGGGCCGGACACGUGAUACGCUUUAAUGACAACCGUUGGACCAGAGCCGUGAGCGACUGGGUUCCCCGCGAUAUUAAGCGCACUACAGGAAAACCGCCGACCCAAUGGUCAGAUUUCUUCACGAAGUCCUUGAAAGAAAAAUAUGAUGCUCUUCGUGUCCCACGCGAAAGGAGGAACCACUGGGCUACUCUGGCACGCGAUCGGGACAAAUGGAAGAAUUACUGGCGCCCGCUCGACCAGUUCGAAGAUCAACGGGAGUCAAGCCACUUAAGCCAAAACCAGAACCAGCUUGAAAAUUUUACUUCUCCACGGGCAGAGCAGUGUUAA